AUGAAGUUGGCUUUCAUUUGGUUGUGCUUUCUGCAUUUGACCUUUGUCAGUGCUGGACUCUUCACCCAACGCAACGAUCUUCAAACUGACCACAGCAAUGUGUCCGUCAGCAGGACCCAAGCCCCUCAGAGGAUUCAGCCGCUCAGCACAGGGUCUUUAAACCAAGGCAGACAGAGGCCACUGUUUGCGAGGAGAGGACAGUAUGAACGACAAAGGAUCCACGCUCAGAAGCCCAAAGUGGUCCAUGUUCCUCCAAAUGUCGUUUCCCCUCCUUCUAAAGUGGCACGCAAACCUGUGAAGCCCAAGUGCUCUCAGCUUAAACAAAGCUGUUUGCCUCAGUCAGGCUGCUGUAACCAGUAUGCCACAUGCCACUGCCGUUUCUUCAAUGCAAUCUGCUUCUGCCGGAGGACGAACUCAUAA